GCUCCGCAAACGACAAACCCACCAGCCUACAUCUUCGCGCCCUUCUACACCUCAGACUGUCAACCAUGGCUAACACGACGAUAUACGUACGCAAUCUCGACGAGCGCGUGCGCCUGUCCAUGCUCACAUCGACUCUCGAAGACCUGUGCUCACUCUUCGGUCCGGUUGUAGAGAUAAUUGCAAAACCCAACGUGAAAGCUAAAGGUCAAGCCUUCGUCGUCUUUCAGUCGCCUGAGCACGCCGCGCGUGCGGUAGAAGACUUGCAGGGCUUCGAGCUAUGGGACAAACCGAUGAGCGUAGACUUUGCGCGGACGCGGAGCGACGCGACGGUCAAGCGCGACGGAAAUGCUGAAGAGCUGGAGUUACAUCGACGAAGGAGACUAGCUGAAAAAGAGCGCAAGCAGGCUCUUGAAGCGGCAACUACUCAACAGAAACUCAAGCGCGGCGCACCAGACUCCGAACCUACCCAGCGACCGAUCAAGACGUCUAAACUUAAGUCGACAGCUUCAGCUGCCGUCAUCCCAGAUGAAUACCUGCCCCCGAACAAGAUCCUGUUCGUGCAAAACCUGCCGCACGACUAUGAUGUCGAGAAUCUCGAAGCGAUAUUCGCCAGAUUCGCCGGAUUCAAGGAGGUACGGCCUGUACCCUAUCGGCCCGGUAUUGCCUUCGUGGAGUAUGAAGCAGAGGACGGUGCCAUUAGUGCGAAGGAGUCAGUUGCUGGCAUGGAGCUUGGUGAUGAAGGCAAACCUAUGAAGGUCACUUUCCAGAGACAAUAGAGAGGGCGAUCAAGGUCAGUCACGGCGUUGGAAGGGUUUAAAUCAUGCACGGCGCUGGUAAAGGUAUCAUUGCAUCGUUGUAUUAUACAUGUAUGUGGGAAGCUGCGUGCCCAAUACUCAAUAGUUAAGGUAUAUCGCUUUUCAUACCUCAGAUCAGAAAAUCACAUCCUGAUCGUCUUCGUCGCCUAGCAUGUCUUUCGUUUCUGGGACAUCUUCCUCCUCUUCUUUUUCAUCCUCCUCUUCCUCUUCUUCAUCGUCCGCUUUCUUCUUGCCCGCUCGCUCAAGCUCUUCUGCUGCAGCAUUACGCUUUUUAUUGCCAGAUACCUUUUUCAGCCUGUAGAACUCUUCUCUAUCCAGCUCGUCCAGCUCAGAGUUAAUGUACUUAAUCGUGUUCUCUGUGCGAGGAAUAAUGACGUGCUCACUAGAGUCAAUCAGCAAUGUCCAGUGUCGCGGAGACUGUAUCAGCAUACAUAGCGUUGACUCUUCGGUUG